GACCAAAGGAUCCAGAUGGUGCCAAGAUGGAUCUUAGGAAAACCGUCUCCCUCCGAGGUAGAGAGCCGCGAAGUCUGGUCUCAUUUUCAGGUCAUAUUACCCAACGCCGAGGCCUUCGCUCAGCUCCGAGCGUUUCCUGGGAAAUUCGACCAACGGGUGCGCUCUCCGUGCCAUAGCCCCGCCUCUCUCGGCUGUUUUGAACUACAUUUCCCAGUAUGCAACGUGGAGCCGGCAGGCCGUCAGGUGAAAAAGACUCUGUUACCCAGCGAGCCCGAAGACGGCGCAGGACCCUCGGACUUCAUUUCCCGUCGGCCCGCGGGGGGAGCGCCGGAAGCCCGCCCCGCCCCUCAUUGUGCGGCUCGUACUAAACGGAAGGGGCCGGGAGAGGCCGCGUUCAGUCGGAUCCCGGCAGCAGCUGCAGCGGCUCUUGUCUUUUCUGGCUCUCCUUGCUAUCUCCUUUUCUCUUCCGGAAACAUGGCCUCUGGCGUGGCUGUCUCUGAUGGGGUCAUCAAAGUGUUCAACGACAUGAAGGUGCGUAAGUCGUCGACACCAGAGGAGGUGAAGAAGCGCAAGAAGGCGGUGCUCUUCUGCCUGAGCGAGGACAAGAAGAACAUCGUCCUGGAGGAGGGCAAGGAGAUCCUGGUAGGUGAUGUGGGCCAGACUGUAGACGACCCCUACACCACCUUUGUCAAGAUGCUGCCAGGCGAGGACUGCCGCUACGCCCUCUAUGACGCAACCUAUGAGACCAAGGAGAGCAAGAAGGAGGACCUGGUGUUCAUCUUCUGGGCCCCUGAGUGUGCACCCCUUAAGAGCAAAAUGAUCUAUGCCAGCUCCAAGGACGCCAUCAAGAAGAAGCUGACGGGGAUCAAGCAUGAAUUGCAAGCAAACUCCUACGAGGAGGUCAAGGACCGCUGCACCCUGGCAGAGAAGCUGGGGGGCAGCACCGUCAUCUCUCUGGAGGGCAAGCCUUUGUGAGCCCCCUCCAGCCCCCUGCCUGGAGCAUCUGGCAGCCCCAGACCUGCCCAUGGGGGUUGCAGGCUGCCCCCUUCCUGCCAGACCGGAGGGGCUGGGGGGAUCCCAGCAGGGGGAGGGCAGUCCCUUCACCCCAGUUGCCAAACAGCCCCCCCACCCCCUGGACCUUCCUCCUCCUCCUUCCUCCAUCCCUGACGGUUCUGGCCUUCCCAAACCGCUUUUGAUCUUCUGAUUCCUCUUGGGUUGAAACAGACCAAGUUCCCCCCAGGAACCCCUGUUUGGGGGGGACCUGUAUUUUUUUUAACGACACCCCAGUUCCCUCCUUGUUCCUU